GAAGGAGAGGAGCCUUCGCCUCAUGUUAGUACUGGGCGCGGUUUCCACCGGCUAGCCCGUGCCCGGAAAAAGCCUCGGGAAGCACCGGACAAAGCUGCCAAUCAGAACGACUUUCCGCCACCUGGCUCGUGCACCAGAGCUCCCCGACGUCCUGGCAUUUCGGUUGGCUUCGAUGAUGAACCGUGCAUGGGACUAAAUUUUCUAGUCAAAAAUCUUUGGUUUUGCAGACCUUUUCAUCUGCUCUCCUUUCCUCAUACCCAAAAAUUUGAUCAAACAACACGACGGCGAACACCCGCCCUUCACCUCUUGACCUUUUCUCCAUCUCCAUAUCAUAGCACCUUGUAAUCCGAGUCUGCAAACAUGUUUGCUUCACGCCUUUCCAGAGCUCUCCCGAGAGCAACCUCGUCAGCUUCGCGCUCCGCGAUCCUGCGCAAACCUCUUACCCCAGCAUUUGCUCGCUUCGAGUCAACUGGAGGAGAGGAGAAAGUCAAGGGUAGCGUUAUUGGUAUCGAUCUCGGUACCACCAAUUCUGCUGUUGCCAUCAUGGAGGGCAAGGCUCCCAGGAUCAUCGAGAACUCGGAAGGUGCUCGCACAACACCGUCCGUCGUUGGCUUCACCGAGGAUGGCGAGAGAUUGGUCGGUGUUGCCGCAAAACGCCAAGCUGUCGUCAACCCGGAAAACACUCUCUUUGCUACCAAGCGGUUGAUCGGUCGGAAAUUCACCGACGCUGAGGUCCAGAGGGAUAUCAAGGAGGUUCCGUACAAGAUCGUCCAGCACACCAAUGGCGAUGCUUGGCUCUCUGCUCGGGGACAGAACUACUCGCCUUCGCAGAUUGGUGGCUUUGUCCUGGGCAAGAUGAAGGAGACCGCCGAGGCAUACCUGGGCAAGAAUGUCAAGAACGCCGUCGUCACUGUUCCUGCCUAUUUCAAUGACUCUCAGCGUCAAGCCACCAAGGAUGCUGGUCAGAUUGCUGGCUUGAACGUUCUCCGUGUCGUUAACGAGCCUACUGCUGCUGCAUUGGCCUACGGUCUCGAGAAGGAGGCCGACCGAGUCAUUGCCGUCUACGAUCUCGGUGGUGGUACCUUCGAUCUCUCUAUCCUCGAGAUCCAGAACGGUGUCUUCGAGGUCAAGUCGACCAAUGGUGACACCCACUUGGGUGGUGAGGACUUCGACAUCCACCUCGUCCGCCACCUCGUCCAGCAGUUCAAGAAGGAGUCCGGUAUUGAUCUGUCCGGCGACCGGAUGGCCAUCCAGCGUAUCCGUGAGGCUGCCGAGAAGGCCAAGAUUGAGCUGUCCUCUUCCCUCCAGACCGACAUCAACCUGCCCUUCAUCACCGCCGACUCUUCCGGACCGAAGCAUAUCAACUCCAAGAUGACCAGGGCCCAGCUCGAGAAGAUGGUCGAUCCUCUCAUCUCCAAGACCAUUGAGCCCGUCCGCAAGGCUCUGAAGGAUGCCAACUUGCAGGCCAAGGACAUCCAGGAGGUCAUCCUCGUCGGUGGUAUGACUCGUAUGCCCAAGGUUACCGAGUCCGUCAAGAGCAUCUUCGGCCGUGAUCCUGCCAAGUCCGUCAACCCUGAUGAGGCUGUCGCCAUGGGUGCUGCUAUCCAGGGUGCUGUCUUGUCCGGUGAGGUCAAGGACCUUCUCCUCUUGGAUGUCACCCCCCUCUCUCUCGGAAUUGAGACUUUGGGUGGUGUCUUCACUCGUCUCAUCAACCGAAACACCACCAUCCCGACCAAGAAGUCGCAGGUCUUCUCCACUGCCGCUGACUUCCAGACUGCCGUCGAGAUCAAGGUCUACCAGGGCGAGCGUGAGCUUGUUAAGGACAACAAGCUCCUCGGUAACUUCCAGCUUGUUGGCAUCCCCCCGGCCCACCGUGGUGUUCCUCAAAUUGAGGUCACCUUUGACAUUGACGCCGACUCCAUCGUCCACGUCCAUGCUAAGGACAAGUCCACCAACAAGGACCAGUCCAUCACCCUUGCGUCCGGCUCCGGCCUCUCAGAUAACGAGAUCCAGCAGAUGGUUGAGGACUCUGAGAAGUAUGCUGAGGAGGACAAGGAGCGCAAGAGCGCCAUCGAGUCUGCGAACAAGGCCGACAGUGUGCUGAACGACACUGAGAAGGCUCUCAACGAGUACUCGGACAAGCUUGACAAGACCGAGGCCGACCAGAUCCGCGAGAAGAUCAACUCCCUGCGGGAGUUCGUUGCCAAGAGCCAGUCGGGCGAGGGUACCGCCACCUCGGCCGAGAUCAAGGAGAAGACGGAUGAGCUGCAGGUCGCCAGCUUGAACCUCUUCGACAAGAUGCACAAGGCCCGCACCGAGUCCAGCAACGAGGCCCAGCCCGGCGCACAAGACAAUGCUGCUGAGGGAGAGAAGAAGGACGAGCAGAAGCCUUAAACAGUCCUUUUAACCACCAUCACCCCCGAAUACCCCCCCGAUACCAUUCCUUCUGUCAUGUCUGAAUAGUUUGGAGCAAUUGGUCCUAUAGAUGCCGCUUCUCCUUCCUGUAUUCAUCUGUACUCAUAUUUCACGUUUUCUUUUUUUUUAAGGCGGCUUGUCCCGGUUUAGCUUUUCCUCGCGCAACCUGUGUCUAAUAGUACAACAGACGGAAGUGGCGUUUGUGAGAGCAUCAAAACUUCAUUUUUUCAUGGCAAGAUCAUCGCGGAUUUCGAUGACAGCCGGCAUGGAGAGGGGACAAGGAUAGGUUGCAUUGUACAUGUACAAAACGGUCGAGCAAGACAAAAUUAUAAUACAGACUCCCCCCUCAAACGCUCAUCUCGUUCCCUCGCUCCCUGUGAAUUGCCAACUCCUUGAAGCUACUUAGCUUACCG